GGAUUCGUCUCUCCGAGCAUCAUGCAUUCCCAUAAGUCAUCCAGCUUGCCCUUUGGCCAGGACAUCUCCCUCGACUCCAUCAGCGGUCCCACAUAUCUGACGGCUCAGACGCUGGUCCAACAGGUCGCCUACACCCUCUCCGACAAGGUCUUUGCGUACUCGGCCGAAUCCUUUGAUCUCGAUGUAGCCCUCAAGCAUUGGCAUGAAACCCGUAACAAGAAUGCUUUUGGCUACCCGACGGGCAUCACAUCGCUUGAGACCCGAACCGGCGCCGGCUCCAUCGCUCUAGGCUACAUUUUCUCCAAGGACUUUGACCUGAAGAAGAGACACAUUCCCCAAUCCAUUGUGGCUUCUGCUGCUACCCUUCGCUCUCUUCGCCCCGCCCUCGACCAGCUAUCACUACUCUACAACGUCGCGAACCCCCUUACCGUUCACGUUGCUGCCGUCGACUACAACUCUACCGGCCUUGUCACCGACUAUGUAUCUGCACUUACCCUCGCCGAAGAUCUGGGCCUCGGUUUGGUCUGCAGCCCCUCUGUAUUCGAGACUCAGCACAUGGCCCUGUUUGCCACGCUGCUCUCCAGUGUGCUCCCCACCAUCCACACGUACGAUGGCAUCAGCGUCGGUCGCGAGACCGCCCGAUUAGUGGACACACUCGACCAGGCUCGACUGUACAACAGCUACAAAGCGGUGCUCGAGGCAGUUUCCGAAGUGGACAAGAAGCAUUCGGAUCCUGCUGGUCGUGUCGUACGUCUACUCCAGGCUUUCAAUGACGAUUUUGGCGAGGACUACAAGUUAUUUGAUUACUACGGUCACGAGGAGCCUGAAAGCGUUUUGGUCGUCUUCGGUACCGUGGAGGCUUCUUUGACUGCUCAGGUCGCAACGGCGCUUUCAAAGGACGGUGACAAGCUCGGUGUGAUCAAUGUUCGCGUCUACCGUCCCUUUGUGGAAGAGGCUUUCCUCGAAGCCCUCCCCAAGAGCACGCGCAGUGUUGCAGUCCUUGGUCAAGUCGACGAUGAAGCUGCCGUCUUCGAUCCGGCCGAGUACUCCCGCCUCUACUCGGAUGUUCUCGCUGCUGUUCAAUUUGCCUUUGAUAGACAAAUCGAUGUCACCGAUAUCAAAUACUCGCGAGAGCAGGUCUGGACCCCCAGCAAUAUCCUAGAUGUGUUCCAGCAAGCCUACGGCGAAAAGACCCAAUCGGAGGAGGUGCGCUCCUAUGUCAACAUCUUGAACACAGCCGAUGUCAAGCAGUACACGUUCUGGGACUUGGAUGAGUCACCGGCUGCCACUGCCCCGGGCGCGCUUGGCAAGCUCUUCUCCUCCGACUCUGCCAAAAACGUCUUUGUACGUUCCGGCCAUGACAACCUCGUACAAGGCGGUGUCGUUCGCACUGACAUACGAAACGCCGAUUACACAAUCGAAGCCCCCUACUCGGUCGAGCAAGCUGAUGUCACAUUUAUCGGAAGCGAGUCUUUGCUCAGGGAAUUCGACAUCCUCAACAGUGUCAAGCCUGAUAGCUCCAUCAUCGUGAAACUGCCUGGUGUCAAGAACGAGGAUAUUGAAGCAAAACUCUCGCCUGCUUUGCGCAAAGUCAUCGUAGACAAGGAUGUAGAACUUUUUGUGUUGGACCCAAUCCUCUCCGAGACAGUGGCCCAGGACCCCACGCUCGAGUCAUAUCUAACACAGCUCGCUUUCCUCAAGAUCGCACGCGAGGACCUGCUGACGUCCGGACUGUCCAAACUCUCCGCCAUCAACGGCACACCUGAUGUGUUUGAGAAACUCGCUGGUGAGCUUGAUGCCACUCUGCGCGAGAUUGAGUGCCCCGUUGAGUGGGCUACCGUUGGGGAGGAUGUCGAGCCCAUCCGACUUCCGUCUGAUAUCAACAUCAACAGCUUUGCUGCCUUUGACCGUACUGAGAUUGAGCCACCAACCUACCUGAAAAAUUGGACUGUUGCUGCUAAAGGUCUUGCUUUCAAGGAGGCCUACGGCACUGAAAUUGCGCUGCGCCCCGAACUCGGCAUCAAGACCGCCGUUGUCCAUGUCAAAGAACGCCGCCGUCUGACGCCUCAGAAUUAUGACCGCAACAUCUUCCACAUCGAAUUCGAUCUCGGUGAUUCUGGCGUGACAUAUGCCAUCGGCGAGGCACUGGGUAUCCACGCCGAGAACGACAAGGCCGAAGUCGAAGAGUUCAUCAAAUGGUACGGUCUCAACCCGGAUGAGGUAGUUGAGGUACCUUCUCGCGAAGACCCCCAUGUGCUGGCGAAUCGCACCGUUUACCAGUCAUUGCUCCAAAAUGUGGAUAUCUUUGGUCGCCCACCCAAACGCUUCUAUGAAGCCCUCGCUGAGUUUGCUUCGGACGAGAAAGAAAAGAAGGAGCUGCUCACGCUGGCUGGACCCGAAGGAGCCACUGAAUUUAAGCGUCGUGGCGAAGUUGACACUGUCACAUAUGCCGACAUCCUCCUUGAAUUCCCCUCGGCUCACCCCUCCUUCCACGACAUCGUGCGCAUCGUCUCACCUAUGAAGCGCCGAGAGUACUCUAUUGCCUCGUCGCAGCAUGUCACUCCGACCUCCGUGUCCCUUCUCAUUGUCACUGUCAACUGGGUCGACCCGCGAAAACGCGACCGCUUCGGCCAGGCUACGCGCUACCUCAACUCGCUCGCUCCCGGUACGCCCGUCACUGUAUCUGUCAAGCCCUCUGUUAUGAAACUGCCACCCAAAACUACAGCGCCAAUCAUUAUGGCAGGUCUCGGAACCGGUCUCGCGCCCUUCCGCGCUUUUGUCCAAGAGCGCGCUUAUCAGAAGCAGCAGGGACAUGAGAUCGGCGCCGUACUGCUGUACAUGGGAUCCCGCCACCAGCGCGAAGAGUACCUCUAUGGUGAAGAGUGGGAAGCCUACCAGGAUGCUGGCAUCAUCACCCUCCUCGGUCGUGCCUUUUCUCGUGACCAGCCGCAAAAAAUUUACAUUCAGGACCGCAUGCGGCAGACCCUUACCGACAUCCGCUCCGCCUAUCUCAAGGAGGAAGGCAGUUUCUACCUCUGCGGUCCCACCUGGCCUGUUCCCGACGUCACGGAAGUCCUUCAGGAGGCGAUUGAGACAGAGCAUAGAGUCGUCAACGGUGCUGACGCGAAGAAGGUGGAUUCGAGAAGGGCCAUUGAGACGUUGAAGGAUGAGGGACGGUAUGUUUUGGAGGUUUACUAG